AUGUCCUCCUCCCCCACAGCCACGACCUCGACGCCGGCUCGUACAGAGGAACAACUGCGAGCGAUCCUCGAUCAACGCGUCGUCGACGGUCAGUCCGCACGCGCACGCGCACCUGCACCUCACUCGUACGACCCAGUCCCGCCGACUCACACCUCCUAUCCCUGUCCUCCCCUAGGCCCGCAGGAUGACCAGCUGCUCCGAGAGAAGGAGACCGCCAUCGUAGAGCUCGGUCAGCUGUACAGCGCUCGACAGUGAGUAGUAGUAGCUCACACCCCGUCCUCGUCAUCGGCUAGUUGAGCUCACCUCACUACAUCGACCGACUGCACACAGGGAUGCGACCGCCUUGGCUCAGGUGAUCCGAGACUCGACUUGGUUGAUGCAGCACCUUGCCAAAGCCAAGACCGCCAAACUGGGUAGGCAUACUCUCCCGUAGCGAGCAGGCCCCCACUCAGCUGGGCUCAUUCUCGCUCUCUCACACAGUCCGAACCCUGUUGGACCAAUUGAGCGCAAUCCCCAACUCGUCUGCACUUCAAAUUAAAGUCACCCAAGAGAACGUCGACUGGGCCAAAUCCGAGAAGCGCAUCUUCCUCAAGCAGAACCUCGAGACUCGAUUGAUCGCAUUGUCAGUCCCCACUCGAUCGGGCUGUCAACCGAGCGACCACCCCUGAUCCAACGCCCCUCCCCCCUCUCAGAUACAUCGACAACCAAAACUACAAGGAUGCGUUGGCCUUGAUCACGACCUUGCUGAGGGAACUCAAGAAGCUCGACGACAAGAUGGUCCUUACCGAAGUCCACCUCCUCGAAUCGCGCGUCAACCACCUGCUCGCCAACAUGCCCAAGGCAAAGGUACGCCAUCACCAAAGACGUAUCCUUGACGAUCAAGUUGACACGGUGUGUUCGUUCCGCUUCCGCUAGGCCGCUUUGACCUCGGCACGAACGGCGGCCAACUCGAUCUACUGCCCGCCGUUGUUGCAAGCUCAGCUCGAUAUGCAGUCCGGUAUUCUCCACGCCGAGGACAAGGAUUACAAGACCGCGUAAGCCACCUGCCCUGUUUGUUCUCGAGAUGUCCUGCGCUCACGCUCGCAAUCUCUACCCUCGACAGCUUCUCCUACUUUUUUGAGGCGCUCGAAGGCCUGUCCAGUCAGGACGAUCCCAAAGCCCCCGCCGCAUUGAAGUACAUGCUCAUGUGCAAAGUCAUGCUCAACUUGGUGUGUAUCUGAUUCCUCCAGAUCUACUGGAAGCGCAGUUAGCUGAAGAGCCCGAGUUGUGUGCACAGCCCGAGGAUGUGACGUCCAUCAUCGCCGGUAAACUCGCACAACGAUACGCUGGGCCUCAGGUCGAUGCGAUCAAGGCUGUCGCAAAGGCGCACGAGGACCGAAGUCUGUCCGACUUUGAGCGGUUGUUGAAGGAACACCGGAAAGGUAGGUCCAAAGACAAGGCCGAGGCCGGGCAAAGAGUUUUUGGAUUCUAAUCAGGACCCUACUUUUUCGAUCGUCCAGAACUAUCGGACGACCCCAUCAUUCGCAACCACCUUUCGGCACUUUACGACACCCUGCUCGAACAAAACCUCGUACGUAUCAUCGAACCCUUCUCCCGCGUCGAGAUCAGCCAUAUCGCCGAAUUGGUCGGUCAACCCGUACGCGACGUCGAGGCCAAGUUGAGUCAGAUGAUCUUGGACAAGGUGUUUGAUGGGAUCUUGGAUCAAGGGGCCGGGUGUUUGAUCGUUUGGGACGAACCGGAGGUGGACGUGAGUUUCGUGAAUCCUCGUGGUCAAGGUCGGGAUUUGAGGGUUCUUACUAAUGCCUUUUUCACCCCGUGGUUGUCUAUAUCAGAAAACAUACGACGCGACCUUGGAGACGCUGGGACACAUCUCGCAGAUUGUCGAUCAGCUCUUCACUCGAACAAGAAGCAUGUAG